CCGCUGCCUGGAGACGGAGGAGCCGGGCGGGACCGGGAUUCCUGCCACACUAUGUCAGGGGACAGCGACUGCACCAGGACAAGUCCAUCAGCGGGGUCUCCAUCGGACAAUGAGUUCUUACCAGAUCGGCCCAAGUAUGUUUGUUCACUGUCUCCUGAUCUCAUCACCAAAGCCCGGGAAGAGCUCCAGGAGAAACCUGAAUGGAGGCUCCGUGACGUGCAGGCACUCCGAGACAUGGUGUGCAAAGACUAUCCCUCCCUGGGGACCUGCCUGGACGAUGCUUUUUUGCUAAGAUUCCUCAGAGCCAGGAAAUUUGAUUACGAUCGAGCCCUUCAGCUUCUGGUGAACUACCACACCUGUAGGAGGACCUGGCCUGAGGUCUUCAAUAACUUGAAGCCAUCUGCAAUAAAGCCUGUCCUAGAGUCUGGUUUUGUCACUGUGCUGCCUCGUCUGGACCCAGAGGGACGUCACGUUGUCUGCAUCCGUCCAGACAGAUGGACACCCAGUCAUUACCCGAUUACUGAGAACAUUCGUGCCAUAUACUUAACGUUAGAAAAACUCAUUCAGUCCGAAGAGACCCAGGUGAAUGGAAUUGUAAUCCUGGCAGACUACAAAGGAGUCAGCUUAUCUAAGGCAUCUCAUUUUGGUCCUUUUGUAGCCAAAAAAGUGAUUGGAAUUCUUCAGGAUGGAUUCCCCAUUCGAAUAAAAGCUGUUAACAUAAUAAAUGAGCCUCGUAUAUUCAAAGGCAUUUUUGCAAUUAUCAAGCCUUUUCUGAAGGAAAAGAUAGCAAAUCGGUUUUUUCUUCAUGGCUGUGAUCUCAAUUCCCUUCAUCAGAACAUUCCUCCAGUGAUCCUUCCUGAAGAGUAUGGUGGUACUUCAGGGAAGCUGGACAUCUCUGCAUGGAAUGAGCUGCUGCUAGCCUCUGAAGAGGACUUCCUGCAUGACUUUUCACAGCUGGUUCUCCCCUGUGACAGCUCUCCCCAUGACAUGCUAGUGAGUGGGGAUGCUGAUGAAAAGCAAUGUGAUGAUUCUCUGCGAGGCAUGAAACCUCAGCUCUAUUACUGUUAUUAAAACAACACAGGGAAAGGAGGUUUUCCAGCACAGUUCAGAUCUGUUCUGAUGGGUGAUGUUGUGAACUCUGCCUUACUCCUAAACCUGCAGUUCAGGAACAGACCGCCAAGGCACUUUACACUGUAGAACCAAAGGAAGCUGAAGAGGGCACAGUGGGGGCAGGGCAGAGUU